AAAAUCAGCAAGCUCAUCCCUUGACACCACAUUCCCUCAAUCCUCUUUCAAAAAAUCCAUCAAGAAAUCUUCUGUCACAUAAUCCAGAUACCAGAUAUCGGAAAGAAAGAAAGAAAGAAAGAAAGAAAGAAAGAAAGAAAGAAAGAAAGAAAGAAAGAAAAAGUGAAAAUGACAGGCACCGUCGAAAGCGCGAAGAAUAAGGCCAAGGAGGUCGCGUGAGUGAUCCCUGUCCUGUCCAUGAAGAGAGAGAGAGGGAGGGGAAAAGAAGGGAGAAAAGGAUAGAACAGUCACUGAUGUAGAUGGAUUACAGGAUCGAAGACUUCAACAAAGCCCGCGAUCUCGCAAAUGCAGCCGCGAAAUCAGGAGCGUAUUUAUAUCCCAUCAAGGUAUAUUCCUCCCACCCCAUCCCUCUCCCUCCCCGCCUCCCAUAUCCCGCCAGAAACCACCAAAAAAAGUUCAACUGUGUAAUAUAACUAACAAACCCCAUCCAGGGAAUAUUCUACUUCCUAACCCACCGCACCCUCUGGACCCCCCUCCUCUCCAAACUCCUCCCCACCCUCUCCCUCUCCCUCGCCGUCGUAACAACCAUGUUCCUCUUCGCCUACCUCCCCCAACUCGCAAUCCUAAUCUUCGUCAACGGUCCCCUCGCAGCAUUCACCACCAUCCUUUUAACCCUCUCCGAAUCCUCCACCAUCAUCAACAUCCUCUCGAAAAUCUUUUUGCUGCAAGAUGCGUUGGUCGAUACCUUCGACGGAACCCUCGUCUCUCGGAACGAAACCGGGAUUCUGGCUGAGGGAAGGGAGUUGAAGAGUGGGAAUUUCCGGGAUCCAAUCGCGAAGCUGGGAAAGUUGGUGAAGCGGCCGUUGGAGAAGUAUUCGCCCGAGGCGCUGGUGAGGUAUGUGAUGUAUUUGCCGUUGAAUUUUAUUCCGGUCGUGGGGACGGUUAUUUUUGUGCUUUUGCAGGGGAAGUCGAGGGGGAAUACGAUUCAUACCAGGGUAAGUUUUUUUUUUUUUUUUGGAUCUGAUUCUUGCUCUUUGGGUUGGGAGGGAAGGGGGAAUUGGGUGCUGAUCUGAUUGGAAUAGUAUUUUCAACUCAAGAAGUGGUCGAAUUCCGAGAGAGAAGCUUGGUUGAAGGAGAAUACCGCGGCGUAUACAGCGUAAGUGAAAAUCCCCAUUCCUCAGCUCAUCACAUCCUUGUCUGGUCGUUUGCCAUGUACCACGCUUCACGAGAUUUUCAUUUCAGCCUCACACCAUGCGUUUGGCGGAGAAUAAUCUUCCAUAUUACUCCUAUUCCUUAAUUUCUGGAAUACAAGGAUGAGACAAUUUGCGCUGGAUGAGCUAACAUAUUCAUAGAUUUGGUACCGUUGCAACUCUACUUGAACUCAUCCCAUUUGCCUCAAUUUUCUUCACAUUCACCAAUCAAGGUCAGAGACCAUCCCUCUUAUGAUGUGGUUACGAUACUAAUAUCCACUAGUUGGAGCUGCUCUUUUUGCAAGUGAUAUCGAGAAGAACAAUACUCGUAUGACUCAACUGAAAGGUGGUGCAGUGGAGGAGUUCAAAAAAACAGAGUAGAGGUGUACCAUCUGCAGCUUCCCGUAAUUUGACCCUGCUCGUACAAGCAUGAUCUGGUGGUUGAUUUUGUGUGCGAGUCGCUUCAGGGAAUGGUGUAACUUGAGCCAGUGUGACGAUCCGGCACAUAUCCGCCUCGACUCAUAAGGUUUACCUGUUGAUUUCUAAUCAGUUCGUCAGAUAGGCGUCUUCUAGCGUUGCUU